AUGACCACCAAGGAUGAAAACCCCACAAUAGCUGCGUCGUCCCAACGACCUGAAAGAACAACUUACAAUGUUCCAAAGCCAGUUCCUGCAUACUAUCCCCAUUCAGGCUCUCCUAUAUAUGCUGACAAAGAGUUGUAUACCCGUAUUGCAAAGGCCCCUAAGAAAUUAGUGAAAACUCAUUCUUGUGCUCCUCGUUCAGGCAUCGCCGUUACUAUCCCUGCCAAGUCGGUAUUUCGUAUCACUACACCAGAAGGUCCUCAGGUUUGCGAUCUCAAUAUCUGGAACCUUCAUAAUCCCAGAGAACGCUUUUGGGCCGCUAGGACUCGUCAGCUUCAUUCCGCUCACGUUUCCACGUUCGACAGACUGUGGUCGAAUUUGCCCUACUUGCGUCCUUUGGUUACCAUCACUGCCGAUUCUAUGGAAGCCCGUCAUGAUGAAUGGGGAGGCCGAGUUCACGACACUUUAGGCACAAGAUGUGAUCCUUACGUGGACAAGCUGAUCUCGGGCAUUGACAAUGAUUUACAUUGUCAUUCAAACCUAACAAGAUCAGUUAUGCCUUACGGCCUUACUGAGUUUGAUGUUCAUGAUGUUUUAAACGUCUUCCAAGUCACUGGCUUGAAUGAACACGAUCAAUACUUCAUGGAAGCAUGUCCCGCUACUUCUUCAGACUACUUUGAGUGCUUUUGUGAACAAGAUCUCCUUGUCGCAAUCAGCGCAUGCCCUGGGGGUGACUUGUCCCAGUGGGGUUGGGGUGAAAAUGAGGAAAACACUGAAGAAAGUAAGAUGAUUGAUUGUUGCCGUCCCUUAGCGAUUGAAGUGUAUCAGUUACAGGAUGAGGAAAAUGUUCUAAAAUGUUGGAAUCCCCCUCAAUAUAUCGAUUAUAAGGGAAACCAUGGUCUUCGCGGACCCCAAUAA